AUGGAUCACCCAUCGGAAUUGGUCGAAGCUGGAUAUGAUAGCGGCUCGACGAUGGGAUUGCAGCCGCGGUACCAUCGCGGAACCAUCGCGCAGAGGCCUAUUCGUCAAUGUCCCGAUCGCCUUAUCGUCCACGACGGCGCGAGACCCUUUUGGCUGGCCGUUAUCUAUUGUCAUUUGUCAGCGGCUGUGGCAGAUUGUCGGCUUCGGUUUUAUUGGCCCCGACCAGUAAAAAUAUAGGUACUGCGCGCUCUCAAUCGAGAGAGCCGGUGGCACGCGUAUUUCGUAUUUCCAGCGUAUGUUUUAAAAGAGUAAUCCACAUGCGUGAUGGAAGAGCAAUAAAAAGGGAGAAAAUAACUCGUGAGAUAUAUAAAUAUACGCGCCCGUGGGCUACAUAUUAUAUGUAUUGCAUAAACAUUAUCGUAUAAUUUAUGUACAGUUCAUGCGAUUAUGAUAAACUGUCACGGUGAUGAUCGUUGAUUAUCGGGUCAGCUGUUGCUGAUGGGCUCGCUUACGAUACGGGGUUUGUACCCUGCUUUGAGAGGAUAUUGAAAACAAUUCGCGUCGGACGACGGAGGAACCGACGGAAAUUUGAAGCACGGACGGACAAUUCCCCGGAGCGUGGUAUUUUCAGCGAGUGAACUUUUCAAACAACAAACCGACCAGUUAUUUUUGUAUCUCCUGCCAGUAUUCCCAUUUAUUGUGUACACAGUUAUCCGUAUGAGAUAUUUUUGUUGCCCAUCGAGCAAUACGAUGAUUCCUUUUUAAUCCAUCGCGAGGUAUGUCGGACUGUAAUAUCUUCUAAAAUGACAUGCGUUCCUCUAUUAGAAACGCGCGGACUUUGCUAAUCGUACGUUGUCUGACAAUCGAGUGCCAUCCAUCGCGCUGCGCAUUUAAUUUUUUCGGAGCGCAAAUCGGAAUCUGAAAAAAUUCGGCGACAUUAUAGGAUCGCGUGGAUGAUCCGGGCACGGCAAAUGAAAAUAAUGCACAAUAACGGAACGGCGAUAUCCCGUCGCUUAAAGAUGGUAUCAACAAUAAUAAAUCAAAUAGCCGUAUCUCAUCUCGCUCGAUGCAACAGCUCAAGUCGAGAAGUCGCAGGCAGGAGGGAGGGAAAUAUACUGGUGCACGGAACAGUAAAAUUUAAUUAUCAGUUAGCAAUAACAUGCGCUUGCCGAGUUACUCGCUCUCAGCUGGCGGUCGCGUACACGCACCUGCAUAAUUCUAACCAUGGCAAUUCGAUUGUUGUUCCAUAUAAAGGCGCCGCCCUCGUUAAAACUUACCUCAGUAAGUGGUGUGCUCUAAGACACAGUAACCUCGCAUGCUAACGAAAUACUGUGUAAUGUGUACGCGAUAAACGACGACCGAAUCCCUUACAUGUCGCAAUUUCAUCUGACUCGAUUAUAACAUUCUGCAAAAUGACAGUGAGCAGAAUAAUAACCGUUAUUUUUCUCGUUGCAAUUGGAACGUUUGUGACGUGUACGGCUUUGCCAGUAAGUUUAUUAUAUAGUAUAUACGCGAGUACAGGCGAACACAGAGAUGAAGAAAAUUAUUAUUAUUUAAUAAAAUUAUUUGUUAUUCAGUUUAGGGGACAUAAAUCUACAAUAUUACAACAAAUAAAACAAAUACGAAAAAUACGACGAUUCCAUGAUGAUACUGCUCCAGAGGUCCUAUACCGUGCUCUGUCAAACUACGAUGUACAAAAAUCCUUGGAUUUAGCAGCCCCUGAGAAAUUAAGUACCCUGGAAUUUAAAAGCAGAAAGAAGAACGUACUAGACAAUUUAAAAUUGUCGGUGACAUUCCGUGAUAACAUACUCUAUAUUUUUUCAUAUCUACUUCACGGUCGGGAAAAUGGCCUCACGGAAGAACAAUACACAUCCUUACAGAUGCUCUAUGAUGUUCUUAGAAAAAAAAUGGUUCUUGUGUAUAACAUGUUGCCCAUUCUGCCGCAAUUGCAGAGCAGGGACAAGAGUUAUCAGACGAGAGCCGUACUGUUGUCACUGACGAAGAAUCUGCCACCUUAUCUUCAGUGUACAGCUACGUUCCUAGCUCAGGAAAUAAAACUCAAGAAAUUCGAUGUGAACUCAUUGCUACCACCACCAGGGAAAGUUGGCACAUUUAACUACUUCACCAACGUCAGUCCGGACGCGAUCCAUAAAAAUAAGUUGAAGCUCGUCGACGAGGAGAUGAGCGGAUACGAUAAAUUCUCGAACAUCACUCAAAAGGCUCUGGGUCCAGUAUAUGUGAAGCUUCUGCAUGAACUACGUACGAAUGGUCAGCCUCUGCCGCAGGAACUGUUCGGAUUGAUACUGAUAAAUUUACCCAAUCCUAACGGUGACCCUGUACUGGAGGAACACGUCAGGUAUCUAUAUGACGUGACCAAGAACAAUCUUAUUAUGAACUGGGACUUGAUCGGGAAAAACAUCGUUCGUCCAGACGCUUACAUGACCAUUUUCUCCGUGCUCUCCAACAUUCUCAGCCAUUCGAACACAGGUAUCACCGUGAAGAAAGCUGCGACGUACGUAUAUAAUCACCUUAAGUUCGUCACUCCGACUCAUGCAAAUCCGUACUUCGAGUACAUGUACGAUCUGAUCAAGUUGGACAUAAAUAUGGGACUGCUGCUCUCGGCGAUCGUGCCUCAGGAAUUCGACACGGACGCGAUCCGCAUGAAAGAUCGUCUACUGUUGUACUUUAUGCAUAAUUACAAAAAUAAAGAUAUGGACCAAGCCAUCAGCGGAUUCAACAAGUACGCCUAUCAAGAUCCCUUAGACCUUCUCAUGGCGUUCCUGACGAGGAUCGCGGAUCGAAUACCGACGUCCGCGCAGAACAUUUUACAACCGGCUACUGCUCUGCUACCAGCAUUAGUCAUGAAAAAACACAUUAGGAAGUUCACGCCGUUCGUGUCGCCCGAGAUCGAUAUACUAUUACUGCUGGAAUCCCUGAAGAACCCCGAUCUAAAUCCAACAUUCUCGUGGAUAACGGAUUCCACGAUGUACGAAUUGAUCGCGCAUCCACGAACGGCCGUACUCCUGAAUAGCUUGAUACCAACGCAAAAGAUCAAAUGUAUCGCGCCUAGACAGUGUUUGAGUAAUACGUUGAUGCAGGUAUCAAAGAUACAGAUCAACUUGCCUAUGACGUUAACAACAAAGAUACAGAACAUAGUGAAUAUAUUGAAGUCAACUGCAUCACAACAGCUAAGUUCCUCGAUACUAUCAGGAGAAAUGCAUGAUGUAGAAAUGCAUGAGUUGGUGACGCGAUCCCCGAUAAUAAUCGAGGUGGGCAAGGUGCCCACGUACAAUUUACCGCAUGGCAGCAUCCCAUAUUUAUGGAAUAUAAAUAAAUACAUCAAUGAGGCAGGUCACGUAGAAGAAAAUCCGCAAUCAAUAACUUUGGAAUGGCAGACAGGAAUUCCUACAGAGAUUGACUCUACACAAGGAGAAGUGAUGAGUUAUAUACCUUUUCAAGACAAUUUGCCAGAUCAACCGCUAAGUGUGAACGUAUCGUUGACAACCAAAACCUCUUAUCUUCCUUCAGAUCAGUUCCCUGCUAAGAAACCUUCAGAGUAUGAUGCAGAGCGCCAACCACCUAAGCAGGAAGAGCAGGUACAGAAAAUAUCUACGAUAUCUAAGCCACAAAUAAUGCAACCCCACGUAUCGGAAAUCAUAGAGAGCGUACCUCCUGAAGAACAUAACUUCGAAAUCCAUCAUACAUAUAUCUCAGAAGAAAUGCCUCAGAAGGAAAAGAGCCCACAGCAACCGAGUGUAACUAACGAGAAGACUCUGCAGGAUGUCUUAGAUGACACAAGAUCUACCGUACCGAAUCAAACGCAGACUGGAAAACCGCAUACCAUAGCAAAGACAGUCUACAAGACACCAAAGAAAGGUUCGUCAACGGCGCAGAAGCAGAAAGUACCCAAAGUCUCGAAGAAACAAGAUCGACCGCAGAAAAUACUGGAGAGUAUAACGCAGAAAGUGCCUACUAUGAUGUCUUCGGAGUCCGUAGAAAGUGUCGAGUUGAGCGUAAACCUUCAAGAAGAUUACGACAAACCGAAGCCUUCAACGACGAUUAAAGAGCCAAAGAGCUCGGAAAGCACACCGGUAGCUGUGCUCCCCCCAUCCAUAAAACUUGAUCAAUCGCUCUCAAUACAAAUGUCUGACAGCGGAGUGCCUGUUGUGACAAUGAGUGGUCAUUCUAAUAGAACAAUACCCGGACUUGUGGUGCCAGGAAUUAAAAAACUUCUGGAGCGACCCAACUUAAAGAAUCCAUUAAGUAACGCCGAUGAGCCGAUUGUGGAACAGGUGCUGCAACCAUUAUCUGUCAUGUUUGGCAAAAAUUAUGUCCGAAAGAUUUUGAAGGACAUGAACCCGGAGCUCUAUCCUACGAACAUCGCGUUAUUACUAGCGAUACUCCAGAAGGCCAAGACUCUUCCGCAAGUGAUAAAGAAUCCGAAAUUGAGCAGCUUAAUUCGCAAGUACAUCGCCAGUAUGGAGUACAUCAGCCCGACGAUACUAUUACCGAUUGUGGUCUCGUCGAAGAAAAUAAAGUCCGAAAUCGUGUACUCUACGUUCAACCCGCACGAUGCAACUAACAAUGAUAUUAGCGAAAACCCACCUGACGAAAUCUCAAUUGACAGUGUCACCAUACCUCUUGUCAAUCCUAAAACAUGGCUACAGUCCAUAAACCCAUCAGAUCCUUAUAGCGAUUUGAUACCCACUUUGCCAGACGGAGAUCUCUUGGCAAAGACACUACAACCACUCAAAAUUAUCAUGACAACCGAGAAGAUCACGGAAUUACUUGGGCCAGAGUUUCAACCACUGGCAUAUCCAAAUAAGGGCUCACUUCUGAUAACACUCCUACACAAGCUGCGAACAACCAAGGUAGUACAGUCAAACCACUCGUUGAAGGUUUUGAUCGACAAUUGUAUACUUGCUAUCGAGUUACCAUCGAUGCACACGCAAGUGUCCGAACACAGCUUAGUAAAGAUGAUGUCCGAGUCGAAGGGUCACUGGCAGCCCGAAUUGACGAGUUUGAUUUCGGCUUUACCAACCGCCACGAAUGAUGCGGAGGUUGCCAUGCUGGAGACGAUGGAACAAUUUCUCUCCGAUCACAGUAUUCUGGAGAAAUUACACGUGGAAAUACCAUCGUCGACCAUGUCUCGUGGAGAAUUUUUGCAUAAAAUCAUACAGAAAGCGCUGUCUGGCCAAAUGCACCUGGAGAAGCAGAUCCUGAAAGCGCUCCGCUAUUACAGCAAUAGGGUGGAGUUUAAUGAUAUGGGCGCCCUGCCUAUCAUGUGGGUAUGGGUCGAAGUGUACGUGUUAAAGGCCGAAGUACAACUGGGCAGUAUGAUUCAGCAAACGUUGGACUUCAACAAGCUAGAGUACAAAGAAAAGCUAGCGUACAACAAUGUGAUUUCCUAUCUGGCUGAGAACCCUGACCUUCUUCAGAACAAUCAGGACUUUGACUUUGAGAAGUACAAGACACAAGGGGAAUUCGUCAAGGCUCUGUUCCAAUAUAUAAUGAAGAAGUCGCAGGUCCACGGAAAGAUCAAAAACAAUAUCAAGAUGCUGGUCUCGCACGUGAAGAUGACCGGAGCGGGAGCGAUCCCGUUACCAAGCUUAUCCGAAUCAUAAAAGCGUCAAUGAUAUUCUGUUGAAGUCUGGAUGAUAUAUUUUAAUAUUAGAGCUAAAGUGCGCGUUGAUCAGAUGAGUUUAAUCUUGAUUCGCGACAAAAUAAAAGUUAUAUCGAUGGACGCAGAUCAAUCUCGAAGUUCAAUUUUCUAAUAAACAAUUAAAUAGAACUCUCUCUCUAAUAAAGCUUAAAAUAUUCUUCUUCGGAAUACUAACGCAAUUUACCAUGCUAUCAUUUUAUAAAAUCAGAUUAUACAAAAACUAUUUAUAUAAUUUAAAAUUACGAAAAAUAAUACUUACUUAACA